CAAAAAAUGUUUCACCAUGUGUCAAUCAAAAAGUUUUGAUAAAAUAUGCACCUGGUGUUUUGCAAUAUGGAACAUAAUACUCGGCCUUACAUGGAGCUUUCUGGGUUAUCUCGCCAUCAUCGGACAUGAGCAUGGCAUACAUUCGCGAUAUUACGACAUUGUAGUUUGUUUGUAUACAAUUACGAUCUGUAUUUGUGCGCCACUACAUGGGUUGUCUGGCAUUUUGAUCAUGCUUGGAGAUUGGAGGGAUAGCAAACGGAUGUUCACAAUUGGUAAAAAUCUGAGCAAUUUAUUCCCAUUCUUUUUGCUCGGCACCAUUAUUUUUCCAAUCAUUCACUUCGUUGCCCUAACCAGGGUGUGCCGCUAUUAUGAAAAGCGCUGGAAGUCAAUACCGUUUUCCGAUUCCAAUUAAAAUUUUAGACCUACAGCCAAAAGGGUCAUCAAGGGUCUUCAAGGGUAUACAA